ACUGCCUCUGGGGAGGAAACGGAGCUGCAAACUCAGUCCUGCUCUGCUGUACAGGGUGCAGGGCAGAGAGAGAGCCAAUCACCGAGACGCACGGGCUCCCUUUAAGCUUGACAUAUCACCAACAGGAACAAAUUGUCCCAACAAUCAACAUCCCCAAUCUGCUGCGCGCAUCAGUGGCUGGAAGCGGAGUGUAGACACGGCCUGCGCUGCGCCGACGGAUUGCAACACAGAAAACACACGACUGUCAUCGGCUUGGAUACCGACAUUUUGCGAGGAGGAGUGAGUCCGGAGACCAUGUCUAUACUGCCGUCAUUCGGGUUUACGCAGGAGCAAGUUGCGUGCGUCUGCGAGGUGCUGCAGCAGGGAGGAAACCUGGAGAGGCUCGGCCGCUUUCUGUGGUCUCUGCCCGCCUGCGACCACCUCCACAAGAACGAAAGCGUCCUCAAAGCCAAAGCGGUGGUAGCCUUCCACCGGGGGAACUUCAGGGAGCUCUACAAGAUACUGGAGAGUCAUCAGUUCUCUCCUCACAACCACCCCAAGCUGCAGCAGUUGUGGCUGAAGGCGCACUACGUGGAGGCGGAGAAACUGCGCGGUCGGCCGCUCGGAGCUGUGGGGAAGUACAGGGUGCGCAGGAAAUUCCCUCUGCCGCGCACGAUAUGGGACGGCGAGGAGACCAGCUACUGCUUUAAAGAGAAGUCCAGGGGCGUCCUGAGAGAGUGGUACACGCACAACCCGUAUCCGUCCCCGCGAGAAAAGAGAGAGUUGGCCGAGGCCACGGGACUGACCACCACGCAGGUCAGCAACUGGUUCAAGAACAGACGGCAGAGAGACAGAGCCGCAGAGGCCAAAGAGAGAGAGAACAGUGAAAACAACAACGCAGGCGGUAACAAACAGAACCAGCUGUCGCCUCUCGACGGAGGAAAGUCUCUCAUGUCCAGCUCGGAGGACGAGUUUUCUCCACCUCAAAGUCCGGACCAGAACUCAGCGCUUUUGCUUCAGAGCAACAUGAGCCACCCCGGGGCCUCCGCGUACAGCAUGCCGGGCCUGGGGGCCCCACAGCCGGUGCACGGCAUGCACGGACACCCGCACCAACUGCAGGACUCCUUGUUGGGACCUCUAACCUCCAGUCUUGUGGAUCUAGGCUCUUAAGGGGCCGCCAGAUUCCGCUGUUUUGCAAAAGAAGUAGAAAAAAAUGGACUGAUACACCUAUCAGAUUGUAUGAAAUAAUAGUAGCUUACCUUAUAAUAUAGACUGACUUAUCUGUCGUUAAAUUUGGUUAGGAAAAUAAUAAUAAUAAUAAUGCGCUUAUUUCCCCUUACAGGAGGUCUUCUGAUCUCACAACCAGGACCUGAACGCAACGAAACACUUAAACUGGAACUGCCCGUUUGCUUAAUUUAUAUUUUGUUAAAACACAAAAAGGAUGAUAUUAGCAUUUCCUGCAAUGGAAACUAACAUUUUGAUUAGGGUAAUUAGUUUCCAAUAAAACAAAAGUAAUACA